CCACAGUCACCAAAACACACUGUAGUAGUAGUAGUGACUAAUAUAGCGCAUUUUAAUCUCAGGUUGUGCCUCGCAAAUCAGAUUAUUGGGAAGGUAAACUGGAUUCUGACGUCAAGGGCUUAAACACCGUCAGAGGAGCAUCGCAUGUGCUGCUCGCGCCCGCUCAGCAGCAGUCGGUGAAGAGGAGAGCAGCGCGUGCCACCUCCAGUCAACAAACCCUCCUCCUCCUCCUCCUCCUCCUCCUCCUCUUUCUCCUCCUCUCUCUCUCUCCGGACCUGAGCAUGACUUCUCAGACAUUUCACUGCGACUGAAAGGGACGGACGGCAACAUGGCUUCUUAUCUGGAGAUCGCUGAUGAUGAGAAAGGCCACGAGUUGGAUCUUUUCUGUGUCCCCAGACAUUAUGAGAAUGAUUUGGACAAGGUGAUCAUCCCUCAUGGACUCAUCAUGGACAGGACAGAGCGUCUAGCCCGGGACAUAAUCCGGGACAUGGGGGGACACCACAUUGUGGCUUUGUGUGUGCUAAAAGGUGGCUACAAAUUCUUCGCAGACCUCCUGGACUACAUUAAAGCACUGAACCAGAACAGCGAUAAAUCAGUCCCCCUGACAGUGGAUUUCAUUAGGGUGAAGAGCUACUGUAAUGACAAGUCCACAAACAACGUCAAAGUCAUAGGAGGGGAUGAGCUGUCCAAUCUCUCAGGCAAGAAUGUUUUGAUUGUCGAGGAUAUCGUAGAGACUGGAAGGACGAUGCAGACGCUACUUUCCCUGCUGAGUGAAUGCAAUCCCAAAAUGGUUAAAGUUGUAAGCCUCCUGGUGAAGAGGACACCAAGGAGUUCAGGAUACAGACCAGACUACAUUGGUUUUGAGGUGCCUGAUGCCUUUCUCGUGGGCUACGCUUUGGACUACAAUGAGUACUUCAGAGAUCUCAGUCACAUCUGUAUACUGAAUGAUCAAGCCAAGGAGAAGUACAAAGUGUGAGCAGACGAAGUGCUGCAGAGGCGAUGACUGAAAUCAAUGACGACUAGGACCACUGUGAUGCUCCUUCUUAGCUUUACUGUGUUUUGAAUCUUAUUUAUUUUUCUACAUAAGAAUCCACAAAAUGUGAAUUGUGGGUUGUAAAUAACUUAAAGAACAUGUAAUUUCUCCCCUGUUGAAGAUGUGGGAUCAAUUCUGUAUAUUCUGAAUAUUUUGGUUGUUACAUUUUAAUUUAUUAAUUUUACAUGUAUAGACUUUACCUGUAAAUUGCAGUUUUAUCUCUGAGAUAGAAAAAAAAAUGUCAUUUGUUCAGAUCACACGUCUCAGGCUACUUCAUGUUCAGUGAGCUGUCAGUCAUAUUUAAGUAGCCUUCAGUUUGUUUCUGUUUCGACUUAAAUGCGGAUAUAUCCUUUCAUUAUGCCAUAAAAUGACUGACUUGGAAUGUACUGUAUGUUUUAUUUCAUAUCUGAUGUUUUCACCGAAGACCUGUUUACAGCAAUAUAAAUCUUGUUGAAACCUUGAA